AUGCAGGUCAUCAAGACUCCCGUCAUCAUUUUGAUCACCGUCGCUGCUUGCGCUUUGAUUGGUCAAGCCGGCCAGGCUGCCGCUACUCCCACGCUCUAUGCUAGGGACAUUCCUGCAGAAAGCGCCACUGCUCUCAUUGAUCAGAGCACGACGUGCCGCAGCUUGAGCCGCGUCAGACGUCUAAGGGUCGUCAAACACUCCUAG